CUAUCUGCUGACCAACUUCCAUGGAAUGGACCUCACCCGUGACAAGAUAUGUUCCAUGGUCAAAAAAUGGCAGACAAUGAUUGAAGCCCAUCUUGAUGUCAAAACUACCGAUGGAUAUCUACUGUGCCUCUUUUGCAUGGGUUUUACCAAGAAGCGCAAUAACCAGAUUUGCAAGACCUCAUAUGCCCAGCACCAGCAGGUCCGCCAAAUUCGCAAGAAAAUGGUGGAAAUCAUGACACGGGAGGUGCAAACUAAUGAUCUGAAAGAAGUUGUCAAUAAGCUGAUCCCAGACAGCACUGGCAAAGACAUAGAAAAAGUUUGUCAAUCCAUCUACCCUCUUCAUGAUGUGUAUGUCAGCAAAGUGACGAUGCUUAAGAAGCCCAAGUUUGAACUGGGCGAGCUGAUGGAACUGCACGGUGAAGGUGGUGGCACUGGAAAACCUUCUGGGGAUGAGACAGGUGCUAAAGUAGAGCGAGCCAAUGGAUAUGAGCCCCCUGUGCAAGAGUCUGUCUAGAAUCAAAAAUGGAUGCAAAAA